AUGCACCUACGCAUGUGGUUGUUGGGCCUGCUGCUGAUGUGCCUUUGCAUAUCAGUAGCAGCACAAAGCGACGACACGACAUGUAGUGCGACAAAGCGCUGUAAGAACGGCUGCUGUAACAAGUCCGGCAACUGUGGCUUCGGUCCUGAUUAUUGCGGAACAAAUUGUCGGUCAGACUGCGAUCGGAAAUCCGAAUGCAAUCCAGGCUUCGGUGCUAAAUGGUCUGAGAAUGAGAAAUGCCCUCUCAAUGUUUGCUGCUCUAAGCACGGAUAUUGUGGUACGACCAAGGACUUUUGUGGUUCAAAGAAAGUCAAACGGCCAAGUUGCAGCAAAGAUGGUGAAAUAUCUCGCGUCAUUGGCUAUUUCGAAGGAUGGGCCAGAACCCGUCCAUGUGAAGCCUUUUCUCCUGAGCAGAUCCCCAUUGGAUUGUAUACUCAUAUCAACUUCGCCUUUGCCAGUAUUGAUCCUAAAACCUUUGAGAUCAAGCCAGACAAGGACACUGAUGUUCGGAUGUACAAGCGCCUCACUGAACUCAAGAGACUCGAUCCAGAGCUCAAAAUCUACAUCGCAGUCGGUGGUUGGACUUUCAACGACCCAGGUCCAACCACUUCCACCUUUUCCCAACUCGCAGCAUCUCUUCCUCGUCAAAGAGCCUUUAUGGCCUCACUUGUGUCGUUUAUGAGCACUUAUGGGUUCGAUGGCCUUGAUCUAGACUGGGAAUACCCCGGUGAUCCGGAUCGAGGUGGACAAGCUGUCGACUUUGUCAAUUUCCCGAAGUUCAUGGACAGGCUAAAGAAGAUGAUGGAUUCCGCUGGCAAGGGACUCAGUAUCACCCUUCCAGCAUCGUAUUGGUAUCUGAAACAGUUCGAUAUCAAGAAGCUAGAAAAUUCUGUUGACUUCUUCAACAUCAUGUCCUACGACUUGCACGGUGCUUGGGACCAUGGCAAAAACUACACACAGCCCCUUCUGAACGCCCACAGCAACCUGACAGAGAUCGAUCUUGCUCUUGAUCUGCUCUGGCGCAACAACAUCCAAUCGGAUAAGGUUGUACUGGGUAUGGGAUUCUACGGCCGCGCGUUUUCAGUUCAGUCUGGGACGUGUACGGAGCCCGGAUGUCUAUUCAAAGCAGCAGGUAAAGCUGGCGAGUGUAGCCGUGAGAAGGGCAUCCUGUUGAAUUCAGAGAUCGUGACGACUCUGAAUAAAUACAAUGUCAAGUCGCAACUUUUCAAAAAAGAAGCCGUCAAGAUCGCCAAAUGGGGCAAUCAAUGGGUCUCGUACGACGAUGAGGAUACAUUUCCGCUCAAGACAGAGUAUGCAAAUUCUCAAUGUCUCGGUGGUGUAAUGGUGUGGGCCAUUUCGCAUGAUACCAAAGAGGCUAGAUUCAACACUGCCCUGGCCUUGUCGCUGAAACGAGACGUCACGCCUGGUAUUAUCGACUGGAACGAAGAAGCCUACGAGAUCAAGAAGAUUCCUAACGAGCAAUGCCGCUGGUCUAGCUGCAAGGAGGGCUGCCCCAAGGGAUGGGUACGCGUGGCUCGAUCCGACAAGCAUGCCCGUAAGGACGAGGUCAUGUUUGACGAAACAGGCUGUGGUGGCGAUGGUGGCCAUACUUUCUGCUGUCCUGGGGGUUCAUCGAAGCUCCCCACAUGCGGUUGGUAUGGACAUAACGAUGGCAAUUGUGCCAAAAGCAGCCAGUGCCCCAGCAAUAUGUGGGAGAUUGGUUCCAAUCAGAUAUACUGCGACCUGGCGCAGAGCUUCCAGACGGCGUGCUGUGCCACCGAUGUGGUAAGCACAAAGGUUUACAGUACCUGUGGAUGGGGCCAGUAUCCGAAAUGUGACGACCAGGAAGGCUGCCCCAAUCCUCAAACCGACAGUAAGAAGAAAAAUCUUAUGUUUUCUUCUGCCUCGGGCUCGGGUGGCGGCGUGUGCAAUUUGCGUCAGAACGAUCGCGGUCUCCCGAUACCCAGCCAUCAGACUCGCAAGUUCUGCUGCAACGAUAGUGACAAGAACCUUCGUUUCACAGACUGCAAGCCGUUCACGGAUAUUGGACCCGGACCUACCAUCGAGCCUGCAGGGUUCUGUCGCAGUGGAUGUCCUUCUGAUCGCAUCCAGGUUGCGAUCGACACCUGGAUCGACAAGUGCUCCGAAGCUGGUAUCGGCGGCAUGGCUCAUUGUUGCAAGACCGACUACGCCGAGACGUUUGAAUGGGAGAACCCCAAGCUGGAUUCAUUCAGGACCGAUGUCUACGCAUGGCUGAGAGAUCCCACCUGCCCCAUGACGGACGAGUCUUUGCUUCGUCGUGCGACAUUGCCCGAUGAUGGACUCAACAACUUGUCUUCCACAGAUCUUGUUCCCAGGGCAGGCAAAGAGGAUCCAAUUGCAAGGGACUUGGAGGUGAACUUGGCCAGGUUGGUUCUUGGGGCUCUGUCCAAGCCGAUUCUUGAGGAAAUGACCAGAACCUGGAAUGAUGCAGUGAAGGCCAACAACUUAUCAUACCUCACUGUGAACCUGUUAGGGCCAUUGAAGAAAUCGACACCUGAGUGGGAGACUGAUGAUCCCGACAUCAUGGCACACUACAUUGUCUGCAAUCCUCAAGAGGCGAACACUCGCAGCGCCGCAAUCCAAGGUCGAAGAGGGGACGGUAGCAAAUUGGUGACGAACUGCAGCAUUCCCAUAUGCGACAUCAAUGGCAAUUGCGGAGGCGAAGUCCCAGAGGUAUUCAGAAUACGCCGUGGGUUACGAUCAUCCCGAACCACGCACUUGUCAAUGCAUCAGCACCAUUCUCUUCAUGCUCGUCAGGCGCCAGCCCCGCAGGAAUCUGAAGUGACUGUGUAUGAUGAGGAUGGCAACGAAGCAACAUGGGAAUACAGAAUUCCAGCAAAUCCUCCACCGGGCACGUUGGAAGACUUGAGCGAAGAACCACCGUAUGCAGUAUCUUUCUUGCAUCCGGCUGAUUGUUACGAUCGAAGGAUAAUAGGCUCUUUCUUCUAUGUAGGAAUGGAUGACAUGCAAACCGAGCAUCUUCUCGAUAAAAGUGUUAUGAAGCUCUUUAUGGGAGACGCAGCCAAAGGACAACUAACAUCUGGUGCUCGAUCCAUGUAUGGUCCAGUACCUAUACAUUUCUUUGAGGAGAUUAUCCGACUGGGCGAAGAUGAUAAUGGAGAUAGUUACGCGAGAAUUUCCGGUAACCCCCGUUUCAGAGACGGAAACCUGUGGAAUCCUAUCUUCGAGUGUUUGGGAAGUUAUGAAAACAUCAGGAACUUUAUGAUAACCUAUUUAGACAUCAACAUAAUUAAGGGUCAACUUAUGCAACUCAACGAGCCUGUCUCACUUAAGUCAAUUAUGCGACAGCUGGGGGAUGAUGCGCCAGACGUUCUAAAACGUAUCCGAGCAGCAUUUGCCUUCUUCGAUUACAUGAACAUGGAAGCAGACCUACCCUUCAAUGGCGCUGACCCUAAAGGAAAGCUGGAAAACAUCAUCAAUGAGGUGAUUCGACAGUUCAUUAGCGCCGAGAUAAUCUACCAGAAUCAUCAUGGCAAACGUGUCAAUAUAGCCCAAUAUUUCAGGGAAUGGUUCAUAGACUAUUUCGAAAAGUUUUACGAAGGAGACACAUCUGCUGCAGCUGGCUUGGUACGUACCUUCGUACAAGAGGGCCGCGAGCGUCUUGAAGGCAAUAUCGAGAUCGAGACAGACUGGGACAUUCCGCUUUUGGGCAAUGAUGAAGAAAAUGAUGACGACGAUGUAGAGAUGGGUGGGACAUAG